GUCGUCCAAAAUGGCGCGAAGUUUCCGAACAUCUGUGCAGCACGUAUAAACACACCUCUAGUCUGUACAUUUUAAGUGUGUAUACCUAACGACCAUGUCGAUCCCCAUCAACACGAAAAGCCUGACCUGUGUGGAGUACCCAGGGAGGGUCAAAAACGUCGAGAAGAUGUUAGAGACACUCGGGGGAGAGGAAAACGUCUCCAAGGCUGUGUCAGACUCUAGCCGGCGGCUUGACCUGCGGUUCCGUCCGGGUGACCCGUACUGCCGUCCCGUGUACGGGGACAGGUUCCCUACAUCCAGUCUGCUGGUCAGGGUACGCAGGACCAGGAGGGUCAGGAAGGACAGGGCUAAAGGGUCCGAAGAUGUCCCAGCCAGUUCCUCCACUGGAACCAUGGAAACUCCAGCCCCUUCUACAUCCAGCUCACAGGAGGAGAGAGUGACAUACAACACAGAAGUGCUGGGGAUAGUGGAUACUACAUACAGGUUCCAAGCCAUGGCAGAUUUCCAGUACCUCCCCCUGCACAGGACUCCAGACGGCAGGACAGUCCAGUUGUACGACCAGCUUCUGUUAGAGGGUCUGGAGGAACAGGGGUUCUAUCAGAAGGAUGUUCCCCUGUUUCUCCCCCCGGCUACCUUCUCCAGGAUCGACACACCACAGAAUUAUCACUACAGGAAGGACCCUGCUCACAAUUACAAAAACCCCAUGAAGGCCCUCUCGUCCAGUAACCUGAUCGGGGUAGCCCGGGCACGCAGGCCUCACAACGCGAUCUUCUUCAACUUCGAGGAGCUGCAGGUCCCAACCAAACCACUAGAUGCCGCUGUUGACCAUGUGGAUAGAUACAAUCUUCAUAGUGAACUGGCAGAGAUAAAAAAGUUGUUCCAGGAGCGCUGGAUCUGGUCGCGGAACGCGCUGCAGGUUCGGACCAACAUCCCGCUGCUGCGUCUGAAGUUCCUCCUGCCGAUCUGUGCGUACUACGUCGCCACCGGACCCUGGAGGUCACUCUGGGUCAAGUUCGGCUACGACCCGCGCAAGGACCCAACCGCCAAGCAGUACCAACUACUGGACUUCAGGAUCAGACAGAGACCUGAUGCAGAACAGUUGGCUGUGAAAGCCAAACGGAGCUGUUUUAACUACACACUGCCCACUAUGAUGCACAAGCCGCUGCCACAGGUUGUUCAGAUCAAAGACAGUUCUGGUGCAGGAUCGAGUGGAGAGGGGGAGGCACAAGAUGCUAAAACUAAAGAGGACAUUGAGAAGGAGGCGACAUACAUAUUCCGCCCCGGGAUGUUACCCGCAUACCGGCAGAUGUUCUACCAGCUGUGUGACCUCCACGACCCCCGUCUGCAGGCGAUAAUACACGAGAACGACGGCGGGGAGACAGACUGUACGGAGAAGGACGGCUGGUGUCUGCCCAACACGCACGCCAAGCUGCGGGAUAUCAUCUCUGCUGAGGUCUCCAAAAUGUCAACAAUCAUAAAGAGAGAUAAGAAGUCGCAAGGAGGGAGAUCAGGAACUGGUCCUGAUGUGAGAGAGGAGGAGGAGGAAGAUGAAGAUCAUGAUGAUGACAUGUCAGACUCAGAGGUGGAUCCUGACCAGCAAGUCGCACAGGACAGCGACAAUGAGAUGGAAACAGAGAUGCUCGAGUUCUUAUAAAGUUUUAUUUUUUUUUUUAAUUCUACUCAAAAAACUAGCUCUAAAUUAUAGAAAUCUCCAAACAGAUAUUUUGAUUUUCUUCUUCACCACAUGAAUUCAUGGUACCCAUCCAUACAUCGAUUGUUACCUGCUUCCAGAAGAGAAGAAGAGAAAAAGAAAGAAAGGAAAAAAAUCUUGCUCUUUUGUACCAAUUAAAAGUUAUCUAUCAUUAUGAUUAACAUUUGCAAGAGAAGAAAAUAAUUCUUGCUCCAAUUUUGUUGUACAGGUACCAAUGUUCAGUGAUGACAAUGGUUAAUAAAUCACUCCAGAUGAAGAGGUAACUGAG